AUGGCCCUGCCAGCCGGCCUUCGGUCUUUCCAGGCCUCAAAAAUAUGUCGGACGAAAUGGUUGCUACAAAAGAACGUUCGUUCAGCGUCGACGGCGGUCGCAUACGAAGAUAAGGAAUCGUUAGAUCCAGGAACCGCCGUGAAGCCCACGUCCCCACCUGCGGCAGAGAAGACCGGGAAGCCUUUUGCUAGCCUCACGGGUGCUCUUCUUCCCGACACUCUGAAAGCCAUUAUGGUCAAACCCUUCAAACUCACCAGCAUGACCCCCAUCCAAGAGGAAGUCCUGUCGCUCCUCCCAGACCUCGCUAAGCCCUACAACCCCGAAUCUACCUCUAGCCGCGAUCUCCUCAUUCGUGCACGGACUGGUACGGGCAAGACGCUGGCCUUUCUGGUUCCUGUCAUCGAAGCUCGCGUUAGGGCUGUUGAAAAUGCCGGUCAAAAGAGGGUCUUGGACGAUGGACUGCUCUCCAAGCCCCAUCUUGCCGGACAAGCGUCGAAGAAUUGGGCACGGGCAAAUGUUGGGGCAGUUAUUAUCAGCCCUACUCGGGAAUUGGCUACGCAGAUUGCCAACGAGGCUUUGAGACUUUCGUACCACCACGAGGGAUUCGAGGUUCGGCUUCUGGUGGGCGGCAUGAGCAAGCGCGUUCAAUUGCGUGAUUGGGCUAAAGGACGACCGGAUAUUGUUGUAGCGACCCCUGGUCGUAUACGGGAUAUCGUUAACUCUGAACCGGAUAUUGCAAACGCUUUGAAGACAACUCGUACUUUGGUGCUUGAUGAAGUUGAUACGCUCCUCGAUAUUGGUUUCCGUGAUGAUAUUAGCGCAAUCAUUAGGGAUCUGUCUCCCACACCCGAACGUCAAACGCUAUUGUGCUCCGCUACCCUCACUCCGGCCAUUCGACAGGUUGCUCGUGAGGCAUUGGCUAAGGAUUACAAGUACAUCAAUUGUGUCGACGACUCGACACCCACCCAUCUCAACAUCCCCCAGUUUGCGACCACGGUCCCGAGUCCUGCGGACCAGCUCCCCCAUAUCGUCAAGCUUAUCAUCCAUGACCAGCUGAAGCACCCUGGGAAAUCCAAAAUCGUCUUGUUCUUGCCUACCACCAAGCUCACCAUGCUGUUCUCGUCGAUGUUGAGAACGAUAGCCAAGUCUGUUUUUCCCGCCGGCAAGGACACAUGGGUUGGCGAGAUCCAUUCCAAAUUCACCCAGGAAAUGCGAACGAAGAUGUCCAACAUGUUCAGGAAGACCACUGACAAACCAACUAUCCUCGUGACAUCGGAUGUUUCUGCUCGCGGUGUUGAUUAUCCUGGAGUAACGCGUGUCAUCCAGGUGGGAAUACCUCACAGUAUGGAGCAGUAUGUGCACCGUGUUGGUCGAACGGGACGUGCCGGGAUGGAGGGACGAGGCGACUUGGUCCUGCUUCCUUGGGAGAUCGGCUUCUUGACAUGGCAUCUCACAGAGAUACCGCUCAAGUCUUUAUCAACCAGUGAACUGGAUUCGCAGCUCACGGAGCUGACGCAGACGUACGAUACCAACCCUAUCGCGCACUUUGCCGGCAACAGGCAAGGAGCCGCGACAUACAGACACCCUAUGGCGCCUGUCUUGGACGAGAUUGAAAGUGCAGUAAACCACUUGCGGUAUGAUCGCUUGGACCCUCAGGCCGUGAAGGAGGCGUUCAUGUCCAUGCUUGGUUAUUACUUCCCCAAGUACUCUGAACUCCGUGUGGGUAAGAGCGUUGUGUUUGAGGGUUUGAAAGAGUGGACUACUGCUGGAUGUGGACUGGAGGAGGCCCCCAUGGUAUCGCAGGCAUUCCUCGCUGAGAUGGGUGUCCACGAUAAUAGGACCAAGUAUUUCGGCAAGGGACAGUCGGCCAACAGAAUAUCACGCGCUCGAGCGACACCAUGGUCUGGACGUGGGCACCAGAGGACGAGAGACAUUGCUUGGGACCAGGUAGACAUGGGUGAUGACUUGUCGCCAGAAGAGCGCAGUUUGGAUAUUAGCGAGUUCAAGGGAACGAGCUAUGGCGAAAAGUACCUGAGGGCUUCAUUGAGGCAGAAAAAGGAAGCAGAGCGGGAUGGUACAGGCGAAGGAAUAUUUUCGGGCGGUGGCCGGAAACCACAGGGUGAAUUUAGAGAUCGUGAUCGUUCGUACCAAAGGAGUCCUCCAGGUGGGCGCGGUGGAGGCUCUUACGAACGAAGCAGUCGAGGUGGAGAACGGGGUUCAUAUUCAGGUGGUGGUUCGUACGGAAGGAGUGACCGCAGUGGAGACCGGAGCUCUUUUUCGGGUGGUGACAGGGGUGGAAGAAACGGUUCGAGGAGGUCUAGCUGGGCGUGA